CCAUCCUCAUCCUUAAGGCAUUCGCUCCUGGUCUGGCACGCUUCCUUCAGCACUGCUUGGGUUGCACGAGCUGUAAUUCCUCGCCGUGCUGCGCUGCUGGCUCCAAACCUCGUGGUCCAGGAAACUGCGUUGCUAACCUGCCCGUUCCUCUCGACAGAAACAUGUCCCUCCCCAAUCGGCCUGGGGCGCGACAGCCCUACGACCAAAGCUCAUAUCGUCAAUCACCAACCCGACACCAGCGGCCUAAUGAUGUCGAAACUGUUGGGUCAGGGAGACCGGGACACCACCGAACCUCCUUCGCCGAGACCAUACGGAAGAGCCAACCUCUUUCACCAACAAUGAAUACCCACGCAGCCUCUGCUGGAGGCCCGUCGCGCAAGAGGAGUCUCAUCCGCCCGGAGAGGAACAGAAUCGACAAAGACCACCCAAACUACCACUAUCGCAAGCACGCAGCCAAGAUGGCGACUCUCCCGUCGUCAACAGGCAACGACCCUCUCUACGAGGACUAUGAAGGCACCACGGAAGUCUCUGGCGGCGCAACCACCCUGCACAGCACCUCCGAUGUCUCGCCACCCAGAGCCCCCCGCCAUGACUCCGAGAAGCCCAAGGCGAAGGCUGCGACUCAUGAGGCCAAGCGUCGUCGCCGCUCAAGUGUUGCCAAUGGCAAGAUCUCCAAGUCUGGCAAGAAGAGCAAGCGGCAAGGUCCGCAGGAGGUGAUUUCACCCCCAAGCGCCUGGAACGUUUAUUGCGCAAUCGUCACAUUGUGGUGCCCGGACUUCAUUCUCAACUGUUGCGGCUUCCGCUCCAAGGCUAAGCGCAGGGCGUGGAGGGAGAAGAUGGGUCUGAUCAGCAUCAUUCUCCUCAUCAUGACCAUUGUUGGCUACCUCACCUUUGGAUUCACGCAGACGGUCUGCGCGCAGCCCAGUGUGCGCCUUCACGCCAACGAAGUUGGCGGCGGAUACAUGAUCUUUCACGGCACCGCGUACGACCUCACCAGAUCCGGCCACCCGCCCGCCGAUGGCAUCCCGCUUCGGCAGGAUGGGUCAUUCCUGAACGUCCUAUACGAUCUCCCCGUCAAGUACGGAGGCACAGAUGGCAGUUUCAUGUUCCAGAACGUCAACGGCAAGUGCAAGGGCCAGAUCAAGCUUGCAGAGGGCUCCAGUAUCCCGCGCAACGACCAGGACCCGGACGAGAUGGCCUGGUACUUCCCCUGUACAGCCUUCAACCAGGAUGGCUCCUCCACGCCAAACUACACCUGGCCGUACUAUACGGGAUACUCUUGCCACACCACUCAAAACUCCCGCGAUACCUUCUACCUCGAUCUCAAGCAGACGGCAUCGGUCUACUUCGAUUGGGAUGAUCUGAAGAACUCUAGCCGCAACCUCGUUGUUUAUUCCGGGAACGUUCUCGAUCUUGACUUGCUCAAAUGGUUCGACGAGACACAGGUCACGAUUCCUGAACGCUGGAAGAACCUCCGUAACAAGGAUCACCCCACCAACCAAGCCCUACGGGGUCGUGAUGUCACGCGCGCUUUGCAGUCUACCGACGACAAGCUCAUGGCCGAGUGCUUCGAGGAAAUCAUCAAGGUCGGCACUGUUGAUACUUCGACAGUUGGCUGCAUCGCAUCUCAGGUCGUUCUCAUUGUGUCACUGGUGCUCAUUCUCUCCGUCGUUGGUGCCAGAUUUGGUCUGGCAGUUAUUUUUCAAUGGUUCCUCAGCCGCAAGUAUGCUGCACCGAAGACUUCUCAGACAUCCGACAAGAAGAAGCGCAACAAGCAGAUUGAAGAUUGGAGCGAAGACAUCUACCGCGCCCCUCCCCGUAUUACUGGCGAUGUUGGCAGCAGCGCCGGUGGUUCCGAUCGCACAAGCAAGCGCGCCAGCACUUUCUUACCCACAACCUCACGCUUCUCUACCGUUUAUGGCGCCGAUAGGAAUACUCGUCGCGCUGCUCCGACGACCAUGGCAAGCCAGGCCUCUAGCGGGCCUCUUCUCCACCCGGGUUCCCUGUACAGACAGGCAAACGACAGCAAGUCGAGCAUACGGCACUGGUGUCCCCCAACGCUUGACAGCUAUGGCCCUUCUGGCUUCAUCCACGAGGCCGUGGUGCCCCAGCCUCCAGCUGACUACCAGCCUUUCGGUUUCCCUCUGAUUCAUUCCAUCUGCCUUGUCACUGCCUACUCGGAAGGAGAAAUGGGUCUUCGUACUACUCUCGACUCCAUCGCCAUGACAGACUACCCGAACAGCCACAAGGUCAUCCUCGUUAUUUGCGAUGGUAUGAUCAAGGGAGCUGGUGAGACCAUGACGACACCCGAAAUCUGUCUGGGCAUGAUGAAGGACCACACCAUGCCACCUGAGGAGGUUGAAGCAUUCUCUUAUGUUGCAGUGGCCAGUGGCGCCAAGCGCCACAACAUGGCCAAGAUCUAUGCCGGUUUCUACGACUAUGGACAUUCCUCGCGCAUUCCUGUGGAGAAGCAGCAGCGUGUCCCCAUGAUGCUUGUCAUCAAGUGUGGCACGCCUGACGAGGCGACCAAGUCGAAGCCUGGUAACCGCGGCAAGCGCGACAGUCAAGUCAUUCUCAUGUCGUUCCUCCAGAAGGUCAUGUUCGACGAGCGCAUGACUGAGCUCGAGUUCGAGAUGUUCAACGGUCUCUGGAAGGUCACCGGAAUAUCGCCCGAUUUCUACGAAACUGUUCUCAUGGUUGACGCCGAUACCAAGGUCUUCCCCGACAGUCUGACGCACAUGCUGAAUGCCAUGGUUAAGGACCCUGCCAUCAUGGGCCUCUGUGGCGAGACCAAGAUCGCCAACAAGAAAGCCAGCUGGGUGACGGCUAUCCAAGUGUUUGAGUACUUCAUCUCACAUCACCUGGCCAAGUCAUUCGAGUCCGUCUUUGGUGGUGUCACUUGUUUACCCGGCUGUUUCUGCAUGUACCGCAUCAAGGCCCCCAAGGGUGGUCAGAACUAUUGGGUUCCAAUUCUCGCCAACCCCGACAUUGUUGAGCACUACUCUGAGAACGUUGUCGAGACACUGCACGAGAAGAACUUGCUUCUGCUCGGAGAGGAUCGAUACCUCACAACACUCAUGCUGCGCACCUUCCCGAAGCGCAAGCAGGUGUUCGUCCCUCAGGCCGUGUGCAAAACUACCGUUCCUGACGAGUUCAAGGUCCUGCUGUCCCAGCGCCGUCGCUGGAUCAACUCGACUAUUCACAACCUCAUGGAACUCGUUCUUGUCAAGGAUCUGUGUGGUACUUUCUGCUUCAGUAUGCAGUUCGUUGUCGCCAUCGAACUGAUUGGUACCCUUGUCCUUCCUGCGGCUCUGGCUUUCACCAUCUACGUCGUUGUCAUCUCGAUUAUUUCACCCGAACCACAGAUUAUUCCCUUGGUUCUGCUUGGUCUCAUUCUCGGCCUACCUGGUGCCCUCAUUAUCAUCACUGCGCACUCCUGGUCCUACGUCCUGUGGAUGCUUAUCUACCUCCUCGCUCUGCCAAUCUGGAACUUUGUCCUGCCCACGUAUGCUUUCUGGAAAUUUGACGACUUCUCGUGGGGUGAGACUCGAAAGACGGAUGGCGAGAAGACCAAGAAGGCUGGUCUCGAGUACGAGGGCGAGUUUGACAGCAGCAAGAUUACGAUGAAGCGCUGGGCCGAGUUUGAGCGCGAUCGCCGUAUGCGGGACGCCAACCCGUGGGGUUCGCGCGAAUCUGUUGUCGGCGGUGGCUGGCAUGGUGCCCCUCAUGCGCCAUACUCGCAGAACUACGACGACCAGUACUACUCGGACGCGUAGUUGUCUUGUCUCUGAGACUGGUCGAAUGUUUGUUUGGUUCUUACUUGCGCAGGGCUGCUACGUGAGUCGUGGGCCUAUGUGUGCGAAUGACACAAGCAGCAUUCAUUGGCAUGUAAGGGGAAAAACACAUUCUUUGCGGUUCCUUUGUAACAGGACCAAGCGGCAUUAAUACGGCGUCCUGGGUUGAAAAUACAACAACGACAUUGCUUUUCUUAGACAGCUUUGCGAGCUCUCGGGGUCGAUACUAAUAGUGAGAGGAUAUAAAUAUCAAAAAUAUUUAUUAUAUAUAUACACA